CACAGUUAUUGUAUCAUUAUAUUUUAGUUGUCUACUUCCUAGCUGCCCUGCGCAACUACUAUUAUAUGUGCAUGCUCUCGGACUCCGAAGCGCACUGCCAGCCUGCGCUGGUGAUGCCAUGCCCCGCAACCACAGCGGCGAUGAGGGGAGCUCUGGGCUCUGGAUGAAGACCUCCUCGGGGCACCGCGCGGAGGGCUAUGGAUUUAAAGAUGUUGAGUCUGGUCGGAGGACGAUGAACAAUUCGGCCAGGGCAGGGGACGGCUUGCUGACGGCCGGCUCUGGCACUACGCCGGCCACAACAGGUGCAGGUAGCGCAGACAGCCUAAGAGGGAAGCAAGGAGCCCGCCUGAGCUUGCUCGGGAAGCCGCUCAUCUACAGCGCACAGAGCGGCCGCAGAAACGCGCGCUACCGGCGGCUUCAGAAUUACCUCUACAACGUGCUGGAGAGACCCCGUGCCUGGGCAUUUGUGUACCACGCAUUUGUGUUCAUCCUGGUGUUUGGCUGCCUGGUGCUGUCCGUCUUCUCCACCAUCCCCGCCCACCAGGAGCUGUCCUCGCACUGCCUGCUCAUCCUGGAGUUUGUGAUGAUCGUGGUGUUUGGCCUGGAGUACAUCAUUCGCAUCUGGUCUGCUGGCUGCUGCUGCCGCUACAGAGGAUGGCAGGGCCGGCUGCGAUUCGCCAGGAAGCCCUUCUGUGUCAUAGAUAUCAUCGUGCUCAUAGCGUCGGUUGCCGUGGUGUCGGCGGGCAGUCAGGGGAACAUCUUCGCCACGUCGGCGCUGCGCAGCCUGCGCUUCCUGCAGAUCCUGCGCAUGGUGCGCAUGGACCGCCGCGGCGGGACCUGGAAGCUGCUGGGCUCCGUGGUGUACGCGCACAGCAAGGAACUGGUCACUGCCUGGUACAUCGGAUUCCUGGUCCUAAUUUUCUCCUCCUUCCUGGUCUACCUUGUGGAGAAAGAGUUCAACCAACAGUUUGCCACUUACGCCGACGCCCUGUGGUGGGGAACGAUCACCCUCACCACCAUUGGAUACGGGGACAAGACCCCACAGACUUGGACUGGCCGCCUGCUCUCGGCCGGCUUUGCCCUGCUGGGAAUCUCCUUCUUCGCCCUGCCGGCGGGCAUUCUGGGAUCAGGAUUUGCGCUGAAGGUCCAAGAGCAGCACAGACAGAAGCACUUUGAGAAGCGGAGGAACCCGGCUGCCAGCCUGAUCCAGUGUGUUUGGCGUAGUUAUGCGGCUGAUGAGAAUUCGGUUUCCAUUGCUACCUGGAAGCCUCAUUUGAAGGCGUUGCACACCUGCAGUCCUACAAAGAAGGACCAGGGCGAGUCCACUAGCAGUAGGGUUCUUAAUAAUAGACAGAAGCUCCUCCGGAGAUAUACCACAAGGAAACAUAGUCAGAAGCUGAGCUUUAAGGAGCGCGUGCGGAUGGCCAGCCCUCGAGGCCAGAGCAUCAAGAGCCGGCAGACCUCCGUCAGCGACCGGCGCUCCCCCGGGGCAGACAUCGCCACCGAGGGAAGCAGCCCCGCCAAGGUGCAGAAGAGCUGGAGCUUCAACGACCGCACCCGCUUCCGCCCCUCGCUCCGCCUCAAGAGCCAAUCACGCGCUCCGCCCGAGGCCGAUGCCACUCUGGGGGCAGAUGAUGCUUUCGAUGAGAAGGGCUGUCAUUGUGACGUGUCAGUGGAGGAUUUGACCCCUGCGCUGAAAACGGUGAUCAGAGCAGUGAGGAUAAUGAAGUUUCACGUGGCUAAGAAGAAGUUCAAGGAGACGCUGCGCCCGUACGAUGUGAAGGAUGUGAUCGAGCAGUACUCUGCUGGACACCUGGACAUGCUGUGCCGUAUCAAGAGCCUGCAGACGCGGCUGGACACCAUUGUGGGUCCACAGCAGACCUUCAGCAGCAGAGCCAAGACCUUUUCCUCUCCCUCCCUGCACUUGUAUUACAGCCACAACAAGAGGAAGGCCUCGAACCCGGGGCCGGAGGCCUCGGUCGGCCCACAGCCGAGCCUACGCAGCAGAGCCAAGAACUUUUCCUCUCCCUCCCUGCACUUGUAUUACAGCCAGACCAAGAGGAAGGCCUCGAACCCGGGGGUGGAUCAGAUCUUGGGCAAGGGGCAAAUAAGCGUGGACAGGAAGGUUCGGGACAAGGUUCACCCAGAGGGGGACGCCCUGGAGGACAUGAGCAUGCUGGGACGUGUGUGUAAAGUCGAGCGACAGGUUCAGUCCAUCGAAAGCAAGCUGGACUCCCUGCUGGAUAUCUACCGGCAGGUUCUGCGGAAGGGCUCGUCGGCGGCGCUGCCCCUGUUUGAGCUGGACCAGACCUCGGACUACCAGAGCACCUGCUCCACCCAGCUGAGCGGGGGCUCCGUGUCCCGCUCCACCAGCGCCAACCUCCCCCGCGGCCUGCAGCUCGCCCUGGCCCCCAACGACCUGGGCCUGGGCAACCCGCCGUCCUGCUCCCCCUACAGCCCCUCAGCCCGGCCCCCCAGCCCAGAGAGAGCCUCCGCAAACUCCCCCCCUCCCAUCCUCACGCCCAACAGCCUCUCCAGGGGCCAGUACCCCGACUUAGCCAGGCCUUCCCUCUCGGGUCCCGCCAUGCUCCAGCUCCCCAGCAUGCCCCAGCCCCCGGGCCCUCCCAUCUGCGUUUUCCCCAUCGCCACCCCGGAGUCCAGCCCAGUGGGCACCGACGCGUGCCACACCCAAGGGGGCGACGUUCUGCAGAGGACCAGGCCCAGCGCCAAAGAGGAGGGGUCCUGGAGGAGGCACAUGAGUCUGGAGAUGGACCCGCUGGCCUCGCUGUCCUCAGCACCGCCCGCCCACCUGGCCCUGGGGGACCACGGCCUGGGGAAGGCCCUGUCGGUGCAGGACCUCCUGCAGCCUGGAGCGGACCCCGGCCCCGGCCCCGGCCCCGGCCCCGGCCCCGGCCCCGGCCUCUCCCCCAGCAGCAGCAGCAGCAGCGGGCCGGAUCCGCCGGGCGACUGGGGGGAGACGGAACUCUUCAUCAGCGACAAGGAUCUGGACGCGCGUGCAGAGGGCUUCAGCUUCCUGCCGCGGCCGUCUGCGGAGGCCACCUUCCCCGCCGCGCUGCUCAGGACCGGGGGCGGCGGGGCGGCGGGAAGCCCCUGCAAGGCCGCCGGGAGCUCCGAGUCUCUCAGCAUGCCCCACGUGCGGCUAAAAUAG